AUGAGUAGUAGGCUGAGUUAUGCGAAGUGCAAAAGUAUAUUAUUUGGGGCACUUAAGGGAAGUGAUGCAGAUGCGGUUAAGGCCUUCCGUGUGAUAUACGGGGUAUUAGUGAUGUGCAAGAUCUGUGGGUAUGAUGGUCUUGUGGAUGAUGCAGUAUCUGGGCUAGUGGAUAUUUACAUGAAAAGAAGAGGGGAUGGACUAUUUGUAGCAGGGGAGUUCAUGGAGGAGUUGAAGGAGAGAUUGCAGGAUACAGUCAUAGACAGUGACAAAGAGUACUUAGUGAAGGUUCUUGGUGCGAAAAUAGAGAGAGCCCCAAGGAAGCAGGUGGAGACAAAGGAGUUUGAAGAGAGAGAGCCAGCUCUGAAGAGAAGUGAUGGCCUGGUGCGAGGAGGUAAGGGCGGCCAGAAGAGAAAAGUGAAAGAUGCAAGAAGCAAAGCCAAAUUGGAGUCAGCAGAAUAUAUCAGAAGAAAGAGACGGGAGGACCAGGAGUAUUCAGAAAGGCUGAAGAGAAUGGAAGAAGCCAUCAAGAAGCAGUGA